ACCGAAGUCUUGCUGUUUCAGCAAGACACCGAUGCAGCUAUAUAAUUGCCAAACAUUCGUAGUUUUCAUACAAAGUGAAAUUCAUCCUUGGCAGUUGGCAUUGAUGGCUGCUCAUCUAGUCUCUCUUCUCACCUUGUUUUCUGCUACUCCAUUUUUUGGAGCUCGAAGUAGGCCUUCCAGAAGGACAUUGAACUACGACAUCGGAUCCAUGUUGAGCACAUCAACGAUUGAAAGACAAAGGACACAAAGGAGGAGAGUAGAAGGCAUGAUGUCUUACUUGAUGGCGAUUCUUGAGGACAUUCUGGAACGUUGUGUACAAGUUGUUGAGAGGUGGGAUCUUCAAGCAGGAGAGCAGGUGCUUCAGUCAGGCAUGACAUCCCUUCAGAAAUGAAGAGAGCGGCACACCACUUGCUCAAUGUUAUGAAGAGGCAUAGCCAUGAUAUGUUUUUACACACUAGGAGAACGUGGGCGAGUGUGUGCAGAUGGUGCCGUGUUGAACAGAGGCUUGAGGAACGUUUGAGUAACCGCGCUAUUCACCUCCCUGCCUACAUCCUCUCAGAACAAGCAAUCCAGCAUACUGCGGCUGAGUCCCACAUCAUCCACAUCAACUUGUCUUCGUCUCUCGGCGGAUGAGAUCGUCUUUUGGGAUGUCUCGGCUGGUCUGGUCAGUUGUCAACGUAGGAACUCUUUUAUUUUCUGUACUUGAAGUUUGGGUGUUUUCUCGAGUCUGUGAGUUGAU